AUGGGUAAAGUUCUUUUGGUUCUAUACGACGGUGGCGAGCACUCCAAGCAGCAGCCCGCUCUUUUGGGUACCACUGAGAAUGAGCUCGGUAUCCGCAAGUGGCUCGAGGAUGCUGGUCACACUCUGGUGACCACCUCUGACAAGGAGGGCGAGGACUCUACCUUCGACAAGGAGCUGGUUGACGCCGAGGUCAUCAUCACUACUCCCUUCCACCCUGGAUACCUCACUGCUGAGCGUCUGGCCAAGGCCAAGAAGCUGAAGCUUGCCGUCACUGCCGGUAUUGGCUCCGACCACGUUGACCUCAACGCCGCCAACAAGACCAACGGUGGUAUUACCGUCGCCGAGGUCACUGGUUCCAACGUUGUCUCCGUUGCUGAGCACGUUGUCAUGACCAUCCUCCUCUUGGUCCGCAACUUCGUUCCCGCCCACGACCAGAUCCGCAACGGUGACUGGAACGUCGCUGCCGUCGCCAAGAAUGAGUACGACCUGGAGGGCAAGGUUGUCGGUACCGUCGCUGUCGGCCGUAUCGGUGAGCGUGUGCUCCGCCGUCUGAAGCCCUUCGACUGCAAGGAGCUUCUCUACUACGAUUACCAGCCCCUGAGCCCCGAGGUCGAGAAGGAGAUUGGCUGCCGUCGCGUUGACAACCUCGAGGAGAUGCUCGCUCAGUGCGAUGUUGUCACCAUCAACUGCCCUCUGCACGAGAAGACCCGUGGUCUGUUCAACAAGGAGUUGAUCUCCAAGAUGAAGCCUGGUGCUUGGCUCGUCAACACUGCCCGUGGUGCUAUUGUUGUCAAGGAGGAUGUUGCCGAGGCCCUCAAGUCCGGCCACCUCCGCGGAUACGGUGGUGACGUCUGGUUCCCCCAGCCCGCCCCCAAGGACCACCCUCUCCGCUACGCUGAGCACCCCUGGGGCGGUGGUAACGCCAUGGUUCCCCACAUGUCCGGUACCUCUAUCGAUGCCCAGGUUCGUUACGCCAACGGUACCAAGGACAUCCUGGAGAGCUACUUCUCCGGUCGUGAGGACUACCGCCCUCAGGACCUGAUCGUUCACAAGGGUGAUUACGCCACCAAGGCUUACGGUCAGCGCAAGUAA